UUCUUCAUAUUGUUGUUGUUGUCGGCAGCGUCGCAUGCGAAGACAGAAUAAAAAAUCAUAAAUAAAGUGAUAAAAUUAAUUAAAUCAAAGUGCAAAUUGCAUAAAAAUUAACACCAGUGAACGUAGCAGCUUAGCUCACACGCGAAACUAGCUCUAACGACCGUGAAAAGCAACACAAACAACAUAAUCAUCAGCUUCAACGUUUGGCGGCGACUUUUUGCGAAGAGGCUGCUGUGUAACUGUAAACGGUUGUCGUUGUGGCUAAGCCGCUGUUUUUAAUCGCUAGAUUUUCGCUUAUAAAUGCACAUAAAACGCGCCGAACAAAGUUGUUUUCUAAUUAAGAAAGCUCAAUUCUAAGCUGGAAGUUAUCUGCCAUCGUUUUCCACCCAACCGCACAAAUAAGUGCAGCCACAGGUGACAAGCGUGAAAAAUGCUCAACCAGCUGCUAGCUGCAACCGCAGACAUUUUGUGGCUGGGCUAAUACAGCAGCAAAAAUAAGAACAACAAUAAAGAUCGCUAGGAUAAUCAACGAACAGGUUGGACUCUGAAGGCAGAAGCAGGAAGGGGACGUGAACCUUUUAUACUUGAAAUGCAUUUUUAAAAGCACACAUCACACAAUAACAAUAAAGGAUAAAAAUAACACAAAAUAAAUAAGCAAACCAGUAAAUUAAAUUUAUAUAUACAUAAACCAUAAAUCACAUAAAUACACUGGAACGUAGAGCAGGGCGCAGCCCCUUCAACGCCCUCCAUGCAACUUUUUAUGCAAGCUUAAGGCAAAUUUUUGUUUGCAAACAAAGCCAAACUUGACUGAUAGCUUAAAAACCAAUAAUAGAGAUUAGCGUAAGCCAAAACCAAUUUACAAAGAACAAAAACAACAAAAGCCAAGAACAGUUCGAUUCUUUGAAUUAUUUCGAGUAAAUAUUGAAACGAAACAUGCCAAAUACAAUUUGCGACAGACGCCAUCUGUAACCUGACGCAGCAGCUACGCGUUAGGCAAUCUUCAACAGAGGUCAAAGGUCAUCAUAAAUCGCCCGCCCGCCCGCACACCACAAAACUCUACACACUCAUCAAAUUAGCCAGCUCGCAAUACCUAGGACAUUUACUAGCGCCAUGGGCAACAAAUGCUGCAGCAAACGUCAGGAUCAGGAGUUAACGCUCGCAUAUCCCACAGGCGGAUACAAAAAGUCCGAUUACACCUUCGGCCAGGCGCACAUCAAUAGCAGUGGCGUCGGCACCGCACUGGGCCAGAAACACAACAAUGGAGGCUCUUUGGACUCACGCUACACACCCGAUCCAAAUCGCGGACCCCUGAAGAUAGGCGCUAAGGGCGGCGUUGACAUCAUCAGGCCGCGCACCACGCCAACUGGCGUGCCAGGUGUCCUGCCUAAGCGGCGUGUCGUCGUCGCCCUCUAUGAUUACAAAUCGCGCGAUGAGUCUGACUUGAGCUUCAUGAAGGGCGACCGCAUGGAGGUCAUUGAUGAUACUGAAUCCGACUGGUGGCGUGUUGUCAAUCUGAGUACACGUCAGGAGGGCUUGAUACCGUUGAACUUUGUGGCCGAGGAACGCAGCGUGAACAGUGAAGACUGGUUCUUUGAGAACGUGCUACGAAAGGAGGCGGACAAACUGUUGCUGGCGGAGGAGAACCCACGCGGAACGUUUCUGGUGAGACCCUCGGAACACAACCCAAAUGGCUACUCGUUGUCGGUCAAGGACUGGGAGGAUGGUCGCGGCUACCAUGUGAAACACUAUCGCAUUAAACCGCUGGACAAUGGCGGCUACUAUAUAGCCACCAAUCAGACAUUUCCCUCGCUCCAAGCACUCGUCAUGGCAUACAGCAAAAACGCUCUUGGCCUGUGCCACAUUCUUUCCAGACCCUGCCCCAAGCCACAACCCCAAAUGUGGGACCUAGGGCCGGAACUGCGUGAUAAGUACGAGAUACCACGCUCCGAAAUACAGCUACUGCGCAAGCUCGGUCGCGGCAACUUUGGCGAAGUCUUCUAUGGCAAGUGGCGCAAUAGCAUUGAUGUCGCCGUCAAAACGCUGCGGGAGGGCACCAUGUCGACGGCCGCGUUCCUGCAAGAGGCGGCCAUUAUGAAGAAGUUCCGCCACAACCGCCUGGUGGCACUUUACGCAGUUUGCUCGCAGGAGGAGCCCAUCUACAUUGUUCAGGAGUAUAUGUCCAAAGGUAGCCUUCUCGACUUCUUGCGCGAAGGUGACGGCCGUUACUUGCACUUUGAGGAUCUCAUUUAUAUUGCCACGCAAGUGGCUUCCGGCAUGGAAUAUCUAGAGUCCAAGCAGCUAAUACACCGCGAUUUGGCAGCCCGCAAUGUGCUCAUCGGUGAAAACAACGUGGCCAAGAUUUGUGAUUUCGGUUUGGCGCGCGUCAUUGCCGACGACGAGUACUGUCCCAAGCAGGGCUCACGCUUCCCCGUCAAGUGGACUGCACCGGAGGCCAUCAUAUAUGGCAAGUUCUCCAUCAAAUCGGACGUCUGGUCGUAUGGUAUACUGCUGAUGGAGCUCUUCACGUACGGACAAGUGCCCUAUCCGGGCAUGCACAGUCGAGAGGUGAUCGAAAACAUUGAGCGCGGUUUCCGCAUGCCAAAGCCGACAAAUCACUUUUUCCCUGACAAUAUAUACCAUCUGCUCCUGCAAUGUUGGGAUGCAGUUCCAGAAAAGCGGCCGACGUUCGAAUUCUUGAAUCACUACUUCGAGUCGUUUUCCGUAACUUCCGAAGUGCCGUAUCGGGAGGUGCAGGACUAAGCCCGCAAAUACACUUGCAUCACCCGCACAUACAUAAUAAAUAUAUAUAUAUAUAUAUAUAUAGUACAUACGUUAUAUGUAUACACACAUUUAUAUGAAUAUUCACUAUAAUUCGUAAGACUUUUUAAACAGGCGAACACCACAACACAAUCACAGUAAAAACAUAAAGAAAUGAAAAGUGAAUAACGAAGGUUUGGUGAUUGAGAUGUGCCGUGCCGAUCUAUAUAUAAAGCUAUAAGAAUGUAUGCAUACGCGUACAGGAAUCAAGCGAAAACGAAAUGAAGAUAAAUAUAACAAUAGAAAUAUAGCAUUUUAUAUUUUACAUGCAAAACUAUUUUAUAAUUUAUAUACCUACUUGUAUGUACUAUAAUAAAUAGCAAGUAUGUAUUUAACUAGUUUUUUAAGCUUACUAGAACAGGAAAGAAAAACAAAGAAUAUCGCAAGACAACUGAGAACUCUAUUGAAUUUUUAUGCGCUAAACUCAAAUUCGAUUGCAGCUACAACUCCAACUAAAAGCCAAGCAGCUCCAAAACUUAUGCAACUUUGAUCGGUGCUUGAAGUUAAACAAUCCCUCCCUCUCUCUUUCUACUUUCCUUGUCAAUGAAUGCUGAAAAUUAGAACUGUACUUCUUACUAACAACAUUAACAGCAAUAUAAAUAUGUAAACUAAACCAAGUAUUAUUUAAUUCAAUCAAAAAUGAGUAUACAUUUUUGCUAAUCAGCUCCAAUGAAGGCAUUUACUUAGGUGCGUACAAUCGCCCCAAAAACGUUUCACAAGUCGGCUUCUUCCAGUCACAAAAUGUAUUUGGUUUUUUGUUUUUGUUUUGAUUUUUCGAAAACUAUUACUAAACGAUGGAAAGUUAGAUGAAAUCAUUUUGCUGCUCCUGCCAGUAGGUGAGGCUAAAAAUCAAAUUUAUUGUAAAACUUUGUAACCAUUUUGUACAAAAAUUUUUUAAAAUACAAUACAAAGUUUAUUUCUAGCAAUUUAACCAAAAUAAUACAAAUUACAAUAAUUUUAAGUUUAUGCCAAAUCAUAAGAGUGUUUUGUAUAAUGUUAAGCACAAUCAAAUUUGAAAUCAUUAAACGAAAAUUAUGUUAAAAACAUAACUGGCAUAAUUUCAAAAAAAUA